AUGGCGCCAAAAAAAGCACAGCAAGCGACAACAGCCACCCGUCGCAGCACCAGGAUCGCCUCCAGGGCAGGAAGCUCCCGCGCGUCUUCUGUUGCCCCGGAGGAAGAAAAGAGUGGUUGGUUUCCCAUUUCACCUGCGCACCUCCCAAGACAUGAUUGCUCAGUCGCUCAUCCCCGAGAAAUAGCCAAUCAUGGCAUCCAAAAGCGUUACGCGCGUCAGAAAGUCAAGAAGGAACUGCCCUUUUCUUCACUUUUGGCGAUCGAGCGAAUUGUCGGCGGCGACCGCGCGUACAUACAAACACUGACUCAGAGUCAAAAAGAAGCUGUGAUCACCGCAUUCGCCGGUCGCGAAUUGGACUUUCAGAGGCAGGUGCGCGACCUCCAGCGCGAAAAUCAGCAAAUUCGUCUCGAAAACGAAGAGCUCUCGAAGCGCGCCGCAUCAGCUCCAAACAAACUCAGAGACACCUUUCUCGCAGAGCGAAUCGCGCAAUUCCAGCGCGAAGAAUUAAAAAAAGACGCUUCUCAGACACCAAAGCCUUCCAAGGUCGCCUCGAGAAUUUCCACACCAGCUGCCGCCAAGAUAGAAUUGAGCGAGCAAACCGAUUUCGAGUUCUCACAAACCAGCGUGAUUGAAGGCACACCGGCAGUAGUCCAGACACAGCAGACUGAGACACCAUUUCCAAGCACAACGCCUCAAAAUGAGACACCAUCGCGCAGAUCCUUCUUUGGAUCUUUGUUCCGCAGCUUCACCACUCCAUUUUCUUCGCGCAAGACUGCAGCACUAGCCCCAUCCCCAGCACCACAGACUGAGCAGUCCGAACUCGGAGAGCUGCCAGCAUCCCGCAAGCGCCCUGCGCCAGCGCCGGAACCAUCGCCAGAGCCACUACAGCAGUCACGCCAGCGCCAGUCAGAGCCAGAGCCACAAAUCCCGCGCAUUGCCAUCUCAGAGACUCCAGAGAGAGCCCAGGCACCACGAGCGACUUCCAAUACACCCACACAGCACCGCACUGUUGUGGAGCGAAGCCUCGCAACCAUCACCGAGUACACUGAGCCUUCGGAACAGGCUAUUACCAGACCAGAGCCAACGCCGUCGCGUCAGCCUCGACGCAUUCGCGACACCAGAAUGCGAGCAUCGGCGCACUCUGCCACACCAAGCCGCGCAUGGACACCACAACCAGCGCCACGUGAGCCCAACGCGGACCGCAGACUAGAGAAGCUGCGAAAGUACCAAGAGUUGGAUCAACAGCUAAGAGCUAUGAAAGCCGACCCAGAAACCAAGGAAAUCGUUGAACGCCCAAUGAAGCGCGUCAAGAUUGACGAUCUGGUUUCCAUCCCACACAAUCGGCCUGGAGAUGCCAAAUCGACCUUCCGCAUGUUCGAGAUCGAUUCUGACGAAGAGAUGGAGGUCGACGAAGAUGUCGAAACGCGGUCAAACGUGUUCGAGACUUCAGAAAGCAAUGAAACUCCAAAAGUGCCAGAAGCACCAGUCAAGAGAGCGGAGAUUACGCCUGCGGUUGAGAUUCCACAACCAGCGGCACCAAAAAUCCACAAUGUCUACGAUUUCAAGUGGACUGUCGGACGAUCGGAGACCACAGUUGAGAUGGUCCGACCUCAGAAAGAGAAUGAGGUCUUUCAGUGGCCAACACUGCAACCACGAACCAAGCCGCCUCUCGAAGGAAGGGAGGCGUAUUUUGCAGCUGCCACAUUUGCUUAUGGCAUGGCAUUUUUUGAGAAGCAUGGAGCAGUCCCGGCGGGACUUUUUUGAAGGAGUUUUGCAUGAAUUGGGAGCUUCCGCUCCAUUUUGGGAUGGCAUUCUGAGCGUUUUGGGUUGUUUGCGGUGUUUGAAAAGGAUUUUGAAUUGAGAGCGACUGUUUACGAUGCCCUGCAGGCAUGGGCAGGAAGGCCAAAAUGGCAUGAUGAUAUGAAUGAAUGAGCAUGCAUUGU